UAUGGGAGAUUGGGAUUCAUAUAGAGAAGACCAGUCUUACUGCCACUUUGCACUGAACUCAACUGUCCGCUGUAAUAUCAAAUUCUGUCCGGGAAACGCACCGGAGCUGGUCGCCGGCCGCCGUAAAAAACAGCGGUAAAAUCCGUCUAGGUUGUGCAGGUUAGAAUUGGUUAUGAUCAACUAGUAAAGAUUUGAAUCUCAAAUGACGAUUCUUUCUCUGUUGCCAACAAACUAUUCAGGUUUUCUUCACCAAGGUACUCCUUUUCUGCCAUCAAAGUUUUCAGCGAGAGUUGGUUGUUAUCACAGAGAUGUUUCUCUUACACCACAAAUGAUUUGUAGAGCAAAGAUAAAACAAAAAUAUUCAAACCAUAUUAGCACCAAAUUUGUGACGUCUGCUACAAGAAAUGAUCUCCAUCAUAUAAGCUAUGAUGAUUCGCCUGAAGAGCCCUUUUUGAUAACAUUGAUUAAAGAAUCCUUAUGGGGUUUAAAAUCUUUAUUUUCAUUUUUGAUUGAGCAACCUAGCCAGCUGAAGUACAUAGAGUGGCCAAGCUUUAGUAAUACGUUGAGGACUGCAACACUUACUCUUGUUAUUGUUGCAUUUCUUCUUGUUGCGUUAUCAUCUGUUGAUUCGGCUCUCAGCUACCUUUUGAAUUUAGCGCUUCGGAAGAGCAUAUAACUGUGCAGUACUCAUGUUACCAUUACUAUGUAAGCAGUUUACUUCUGAUGCUUGUAAUAAUCUGUUUAGGUCCAACCUUGUUAGCCUUUAAUUAUCGACUCCUAUUGUGAACUCGAACCGGUUAAGUUAUUCAAGUAGCUUUUAUCCAAGUCGUCGCUUCAGGUGAAGAAAUUGGUUGCGUUGUGUGGAAUCUUAUUAACAUAAUUUCAUGUGUAGAAACUAGAUACUAAAGUAUAUUUGGGGGUAGGGACUGAAGGGUUUGAAGGAAUUGGUUGCAUUGCAUGGAAUCUUGUUGACAUUAUUUCAUAGAUAGAAACAUAUAUUGGAGGAUAUCAUAAUUGCAUGUAACCUCGUUAUUAUCAAAGUCAUCGCUUCAGCUGAAGAAAUUGGUUGCUUUAA